CAGUAUUUUGGAAUUACUCAUCAUACAAAGGGUUAAAUACAGUAAUUGUACAUUGUUUUACAGUCGAUGUCAUUGAUUGACCAUGCUGGAUAUAUGCCGUCCAGGACAUUAAUGUGUUCAUUAAUUUGUGUUUGUUUUCCAAGAUGAAAUCCAGGUGUCCAGGAUCACUGCGGUCCUGAUGGACAUCGAAGAAAAAACCUGUGUUAAAUUUGUUCCGAGGGAAGAGCAUCAAGAUUUCCUCUACAUUUUCUCUGGAUCUGGGUAGAGACCAAAAAAUAAACACAUCCGAAUAUAGAGUAAACCUUGAAUGCAUAUAAAAUGUGUGUGUGUGUACGACAGGUGCUGGUCUUAUGUGGGUCGUAUUGGGAAACAACAGCCACUCUCCUUGAAGGUAUAUUAUUGUUUGAACAGAAGAAUUAUUCAGCAUGAAAUCCUCCAUGCUCUGGGUUUCCAUCACGAGCACUCCCGCUCUGACAGGGAUGCAUUUGUGAAAAUUCAAUGGAAUAACAUUAUUGACGGGAAAACUAUAAAUUUUUCCAAGUUCAACACUAUAAACCACAAUAUUUCUUAUGACUACAACUCUGUCAUGCAGUACAGGAACACAGCCUUCUCCAAGAAUGGAGCCCCGACCAUCAUUGCCAACGAUGAUGCUAAGCGUGUACUGGGAACUGCACAGUCAAUGAGUGACAUUGACUACGCUCGUGUCAACAGGCUUUAUGAAUGUUGUUAGUAAAUAAAAAAUUGUAACGCUGAAGAGAGUUUAUAAAACAUCGAUUUCAUUUUUUCUUUUUUAAAGACAACAUUUAUUUUUGUCCUGGCAGAUAACUGAAGACUGUUCAUCCUCCAGAUCGCAUCACUGUGAUUACACCAUUACACUUCGGUCACUGGAAGGCAAAUGUACAUUUUUGUUGCAAUGUUAACUAUUCAAUAUAUAAUAUAUCUGAUAAUAAACAAAAUAAAAAUGAAGUAUUUUGUGCAAUGUCUUUUUAUACAUUUUAUCUGGUUUCUUCGGACAUGUCUG